AUCCUGGCUGAUGACAUGGGCCUGGGCAAGACCAUCCAGGUGAUUGCUUUCCUUUCAGGCAUGUUUGAUGCUGAGCUCAUCCAACAUGUCCUGCUCAUUAUGCCCACCACCCUGAUCAGCAGCUGGCUGUCUGAGUUUGCCCGCUGGACCCCUGGCCUGCGUGUCAAGGAGUUUCAUGGCACCAGCAAGAUGGAGCGCAACAGGAAUCUGGAGAAGGUCCGGCGGAGGAACGGCAUUGUCAUCACCAGCUACCAGAUGCUCAUUAACAACUGGAAGCAGCUGGCCAGCAGCAAUGAACAGGAGUUUGUGUGGGACUACAUCAUCCUGGACGAGGCCCAUAAAAUCAAGUGCCCAUCCAACAAGACGACCAAGUGUGUGUAUGCCAUCCCCGCCAGGCAUCGCCUGCUGCUCACGGGCACCCCCGUGCAGAACAACCUGCAAGAGAUGUGGUCCCUGUUCGACUUUGCAUGCCAAGGAUCCCUCCUGGGGACAGCCAAGACCUUUAAAAUGGAGUAUGAGAAUCCUAUCACCAGAGCAAGGGAGAAGGACGCAACACUGGGUGAGAAAGCGCUGGGGCUAAAGAUGUCAGAGAACCUAAUGACCAUCAUAAAGCCGUAUUUCCUCAGGAGAACUAAAGAAGAUAUCAAAACCAAUCCUGCUGAGGAGCCAGAUGCUCGGCUUCCUGAGGACCCUGGUGACAGCAGUGCUCCUGUCAUGCCAUCCCUCACCAGGAAGAAUGACUUUGUGGUGUGGGUGUACUUGUCACCAGUGCAGGAAGAAAUCUACAGGAACUUCCUCUCGCUGGACCACGUGAAAGAAGUGUUGAUGACAACACGAUCCCCUCUGGCCGAGCUGACCGUCCUGAAGAAGCUGUGCGACCACCCCAGGCUUCUGCCUGUGAGAGCCUGCAUCCAGCUGGGCCUGGAAGAGCAGGAACGCUUGGAGCAGGAGAACGGGAGCGACAAGGAGAUGCCUUCAGCUGCCAAUAAAAUCGAUCACCUCUCGGAUGAGACCCUAGUUCAGGAGUCCGGAAAAAUGCUGUUCCUGGUGGGGCUGCUGGAGAGGCUGCGUGAGGAGGGGCACCGCACGCUGGUGUUCUCGCAGUCGAGGAAGAUGCUGGACAUCAUCGAGCACGUCUUGGCCCGCCGGCAGUUCAAGCUGAUGCGCAUCGACGGGACGGUGACCCACCUGCUGGAGCGGGAGAAGCGCAUCCACACCUUCCAGAGCAGCCGCGACUACACCGUCUUCCUGCUCACCACCCAGGUUGGCGGCGUUGGCAUAACCCUGACGGCGGCCAGCAGAGUGGUCAUCUUUGACCCCAGCUGGAAUCCGGCCACGGACGCUCAGGCCGUGGACAGGGCCUACAGGAUCGGGCAGAAGGAGAACGUGGUGAUCUACAGACUGAUCACCUGCGGGACCGUGGAGGAGAAGAUUUACAGGCGGCAAGUGUUUAAGGACUCGCUGAUCAAACAGAGCACCGGCGACAAAAAGAACCCCUUCAGGUAUUUCUCCAAACAGGAGCUGCGGGAGCUCUUCACUCUAGAAGAUACCCAAGCGUCUGCCACUCAGAUGCAGCUCCAGGCUCUGCAUGCCAUGCAGAGACAGAGCGACGUGCAGCUGGACGAGCACAUCGCCUACCUGCACUCGCUGCAGAUGUUCGGCAUCUCCGAUCAUGACUUGGUCUACACUGGGGAAAUGGCUCCCGAGGAGCAGCCUGAGAAUGAGGAGCACCACCAGUACAUCCAGCAGCGGGUGCAGAAAGCCCAUGAGCUGGUCCAGAUGGAGUCCCAGCUGAAAGACCACCGGCUGGAGAGCAUCAGGAACGAGUGUGAGGAGAUGUGGCAGAGACCUUCGGAGUGGGUUGCUGAACCGAAGAAGCCGUCCCCGGGGCUGAGCAACACAAAUCGCUUUGUGUCACCCCUGGGAGAGGAUGAAAACAGAGUUAUUGACCUCACAGAGCAGGAGGUUACUUCUGAGAUGGUCACUCUGACUGUCAAUGACUUGGAUGAAGAGAAUCCGGCACCAGAUGUGUCUGGCAUGGACACAGAGCCAGUUAAGACCAGCAUGACAGUGAAACAAUCCAGCAUCCAAGAAUCUGAGCAAAUUCUUUACUCGAACAUUACACCACCAUCACCUGGCCUCCAUCCCCCUGACCAAGAGAGUCAGAACCUCCAAGAGAAGCAGUCUUCCCAUCUGCAUUCAGAGAGCCUGGCUGAGGCAAGCCACAGCCUGCCUGGGCACCACCAGCGGUCCUCUGAUGACUCAGGUAUGGCUGAUGAUCCCCAAAGAGAUGUAGAAAUGUCAUGUGAGGUGCUUGACCCACAUGCUGCCUUAGGGAUGGAGAAGGAUGAUGGUGCUGAGCUGGCUGUAGCUGUAGCUCCUGAGCUGGCUCUAUCUCCUGCAGGGCCAAGCUUAUCAAACGUUACACCAGAAAUCCACUCUGUGCUCCAGAAGUCUCAUGUGUCAGAAGCUGGCUUGGAGGAGGGUAUGUCCAUGCUUUCUCUCCAGGAUCAAGUUGACUUCAAUCUGUUCUUGGAAGAUUCGGAAGAUGAACGUCAUGAUGGCUCAACCAGGGAAAGAUCACCACAGCACCUAGAAAAGGAGGUCUCCCAACUAAAACCAGAAAGCUUUUUUAACUCUCCAACUAAAAACUCUCCAUCCAAAGCCUGGCCAAGUGAAGCUGGUGACUCUGGAAAGCUCCAUCACCCAGCUGAAGAGCCAAGCACCCCAGAACGGAGUGAGACAUCAGAGGCAAGUGGUGUUGCCUUCACUUCUGGUAGAAGGAAGCAUGCACAAAGAAUUGCUUCAGACAGUGAGGAGGAAGAUGAUUCUGUUAUGAUCUUGGAGGAAAACCAGGCUGGAAGAAGAUCCCCUCCCCAGAGCAGCCCUCCACUCCAGUUCCCAGAAGGAAUCAGUGCCUCCACUCCCAAAUGUGCUGGCAGCACACUAAAAGCUAUCUUUUCUCCUGGACUAACCAGCAGUGGGAACAAAUCCACUGCUUCGAGGAGAUCCUUCAUCUACAGGUUGGCAAAUGAAGUUGAGGAUAUUGGAGAAAUGGAAACCACUGAUGAAGAUGAUGAUGACAGUGAUGAGGAGCAAGAGUACAUUGUGGAAGAGGAAGCUGAGGAGUGUAGUGGGGAAUCUGCUGAGCCUGAGGAAGAACCUGCUGGAGAAACACUUGACACAGCUGGAGAGUCCUUCCACCUGGACACCCUGGCCUCUGAGCAGUCUGGAAAAGAGGAGACAGAAUCCUCUCAGGAGGAGUCCAGUGGUGAUGAUGAGCUGUAGUCUGGUCACUAGGUAGAUUACUUCUCCCAGGAAAAUAUCUCUGAGAAGGAGGCUGGUCAGGGUUCCUCUCCUGUAGGUGAUUAAAACUCCUUGGGGGCCAGUGGGAAGAAACUUCAGAGUGAUGGAAAGCUGCAGGAGAUAUUGAACCUCUUCCUGCAGGCUCUGCACAUCAAAAGUGGAGAUUCUGAAAUGAUGCUUCUGACCCUAAACCUGUACAGGCAGCUAGCCCCAAAAUGA